AUGCGUCUCACCCAGGCCGCCGUCAUUGCUAUCCUCGCAUUCACCGGAGCUGCUGCUCCUGUGGUCAACGCGAACACUCUCGCUAUCCGCGGUGGUGGGAGCGCCCCAGAUAGUGAUGCUAGCCAGUCAUGGUCCGGCUCAGGUUCUUCCAAGGGAGGCGCAUCCGGCUCUGGCUCCGAUAGCUGGGGUUUCUCGGGUUCGUCAGGCUCCGGUAGAGAAGCAGGAAAGGGUGGAAACGGGGAGCAAGAAAAGGGCAGCAAGGACGCAAAAGGAGUUGCUGGGGGUGCUAAAUCCAGCGCAGAUGUCAACAAAGGCGGGAGUGGAGCAGAAGCAGCCAAGGGCGGAAAAGGAGAAGAGGCAGCCAAGGGCGGCAAUGGAGGAGAAACUGCUAAGGGCGACAAUGGAGGUGCCGCGAAAGGUGGGAAUGGAGGAGAAGCAGCCAAGGGGGGCAAUGGAGGAGAAGCAGCCAAGGGCGGCAAUGGAGGAGAAGCAGCCAAGGGCGGCAAUGGAGGAGAAGCAGCCAAGGGCGGCAAUGGAGGAGAAGCAGUCAAGGGCGGCAAUGGAGAAGACGCCGCGAAAGAUGGUGAGGCAGGAAAGGGUAAUAACGGCGGUGGAGAAUCAGCGAAAGGUGGUGAGGCAGCAAAAGGAGGCGCCUCCGGCGGGGCAAGUGUCUCUGGACCUAAGUCUUCCUCCUCGGAUUCUAAGGCUUCCACUGGAGGUGGCUGGAAGCUGUUGAAGGCCUAA